GAGGGAAACGAUUAGAUCGUUGCCCUUGGGUUUAUUAGGGUUUUGCAGUGAUUGAGAGAAAGAAGAGGAGAGAUGAGCAGAAGCUUGGGGAUUCCGGUGAAGCUACUACACGAGGCUUCCGGUCACAUAGUGACGGUGGAGCUGAAGAGUGGAGAGCUUUAUAGAGGAGGCAUGGUAGAGUGUGAGGAUAACUGGAACUGCCAGCUCGAGAGCAUCACUUACACUGCUAAGGAUGGGAAGGUCUCACAGCUUGAGCAUGUUUUCAUUCGUGGCAGUAAAGUCAGAUUCAUGGUUAUACCUGAUAUGCUAAAAAAUGCUCCCAUGUUCAAGCGUUUGGAUGCUAGAAUCAAGGGUAAGAGUGCAUCGCUUGGGGUUGGCAGGGGAAGAUCUGUUGCAAUGCGGUCUAAAGCCCAAGCUGCUGGGCGUGGAGCACCCCCAGGCAGGGGCGUUGUACCACCUGUCAGGAGGUAAUCGGCAAUUCAAAUGGCAAUGGCUCGAGCAAUUAGGAUCCCUGUUCUUCAAUCAAAUUUGGUGUAUAAGGUUGAAUUUUGUACUGCUUUCUUUAAAUGAUGAAAAAUGAAUCCGGGAUUAUGAGUGACA